CCGGCGCUGGCAGGGGCUGCCUGCCGCUUUCUGUGGCUGCUGCCCGUGUCCUGAGCCCCGGGGCUCGCUGCCCUCGCUGUCCCUGCAGCCGGGGGACACGGGGAGGAGAGGAUGCUCCUGCGGCGGGCACCUCGCUGGUGACAAGGAGCAGCUCUCGGCUCUCACAUCGCGGCUGGAUCGUCCCCCUGCUCCCGGCUGGCCAUGGAGAAGCGCGGCCCGGCUGGCUCCAGGAUGGCCAGGGGAGGGAUGCUGGCGGCUGGCCGGGCAGCCAGCUGUGCCCAGCUGUUGGGCAGCACCAGACAUUGCCCUUGGAAAAUGAACCAGCUUCCUCCGAGGAGUCCUGUGGCAUCCCUGGCGUCAGAGAACACCAAUUCCAGGGUAGAGGCCUUGGACAACUUGUCAAUGGACAGUUUUUGGCUGGAAGUAGAGAACAUUAAACAGAGCACUGAAGCCGAGCAGGAGGAAUGCAGCCUUGCAGAUGUCAAAACACAGGAGGAGGGAGAAGCCGAGGCCGAGUGGCUGCAGGACGCGGGGCUGUCCGAGCUCCUGGGGGACGUGGCCUCGGACAAGGACAAGCUGGUGCUGCUGUCCACGCUGACCAGGACCCAGGCAGCGGCCGUGCAGCGCCGGCUGGACACCUACAGCCGCUCCCGCCGCAGGAGGAACAAGCACCCCGUGCGCGACGUGCGCGACAUCUUCGGAGUGGGCAGCUCGGAGGACAGAGCAGCAGAGAAAGAGGAGUCCAGCCCAGAUCCACUGUGGCACAAUCUACGGACUUCAAACACCCAGAGAAAAAUUCAAGACAAUGUCUCCUCUGCAGCAGAAACCCAGGAUUAUUCCUGCACAGUUCGGAACCCUGGGAAAGAAGAGGUGUUCAACAUGGAUGUUGCCUACUCAGAGCAAGCAGCUGUCCUGCUCAAGGGAUCCUUCCUGUCUGAAUCCAGGAAGUUAAAGGAUGGAAAUGCCCUAACUAGAUUUAAGAUCCCAAAGGGCAGACUAGGAGUGACCAGGAUUGGAGAUCUGUCGGCUCAGGACAUGAAGAAGAUCCCCACACUGGCCCUCAUUGAACUUACAGCUCUCUGUGAUAUCCUGGGCUUUGAGCUGAAGAGAAACAAAGCAGCAAAAUUGAAAACAACAGAGAAAAGACUCUUUGGAGUUCCACUCAACACCCUGCUGGAAAAUGACCAAAAGCUGCUGCCCAACACCAAGGUCCCUCUGCUACUCCAGGCACUGCUGUCCUGCCUGGAGAAGAGAGGACUUGAAACAGAGGGCAUCCUGAGAGUUUCUGGGUCCCAGACCAGAAUUAAGAGUCUGGAGCAGAAGCUGGAGAGGGACUUCUACAGUGGUCUGUUCUGCUGGGAUGAGGUUCACCAGAACGACGUGUCCGGGCUGCUGAAGAGAUUCAUCCGCGAGCUGCCGGCCCCGCUGCUGACAGCAGAGUACCUGCCUGCCUUUGCUGCUGUGCAGAAUAUUCCAGACCUAAAGCAAAGAUUGCAAGCUCUAAACCUCCUGAUCCUGAUUCUUCCAGAGUCCAACAGAAACACUCUGAAGGCCCUUCUUGAAUUUCUCAGCAAGGUGGUUGCCAGGGAAAACAACAACAAAAUGAACCUCUGGAACGUUUCCACAGUCAUGGCCCCAAACCUCUUCAUGCACAAGGGGCUGCCAAACAAGAUCCCCGAGGGGAAGGAGAAGCAGCUGGCGGAGGGGGCGGCUGACGUGGUGCGGAUGAUGAUCCAUUACCAGGAUCUGCUCUGGACAGUCUCCUCUUUCCUGGUAGCCCAAGUGAGAAAGCUGAAUGAGAGCAGCAGCAAAAGGUACCAGUUCUGUGACAAGAGAAUUAAACAUUUGUUACGGAAGAUUCACGCUGAUAAAGACAAGGUGGAAAAGAACCAGGGAGAGCCUUCCAAGAUUGUGAAGGUCCAUGCAUCACUCCUCCUGAAGGACUCUCUGGAGGUGCACUUGAACAAUGCAACCAGGGUUGCUGACGUCUUGAGGCAGUUUCAGAAGAACCUGUGCCAGAAUGGCUGGAAUAUUGUUAACACUGUCAACCUCCUCAAGUGUAACAACUCCAUGGAGUGCACAAACUUGCUCCUGUAUGAAGUGGGAGGCAAUAUUGGUGAACAUUGCCUGGACCCAGACACUUACCUCUUGGACUUGUACCACAUCAACCCCCAUGCUGAGUGGAUAAUUAAGCAAAACCCAUCUUAUCCUCGGAUGUUCUGAAAAAAACAUGAGUAAAGAAAAGCACUUGGCUGCAGUUUUUGGAAGGUGUGGAAAUAGAGACUUUCCUGUUGUAGUGUCAGAGCAGACACAGCUUGUUUCUAGGAAGGAAAAGCACCUUUAUUAACUGCUUCUGUGGCAGCUGGCAGUGAGAGCACAGUGGCCUCUGUGCUAACAGGGGUGUUGGAAACAAGCAGCAAUUAUCAUUGUGUAGCAGAGUUUGCAGGGGGAGUGACUGUUCCUAAACAAAACAUCCCCCAAAACAAAGCCUGAAGGCAAAGCUGCAGUGGUUGUGCAGCAAAGAUGGAACAGAAGAAGAAAAAGAUGAUCUUGAAUAUGGUGGGAGGCAUUUGUGUGUUCUGGAUUUGCUCUUCAUUUUGGAGGAGAGACAGCCAAAUGCUGCAGUGGUACUAAGGGCAUCCUUUGGGUGAGGUCCAUGGCUGCCUGUGGCAUGUCAGCACAAAAGUUAAUGAUCCUGGGCUUCACUGUCAAGCUCCUAUUAUGCUCUUUGAAGAAUGAAAAAGGAUGUUUCCAAAAAGGCCAGAUGGGAUGUGACACCAACACGUUGUUUAUUUCAUGACUGCAGUUAAAUACAUUUAUGCAAUACAAGAAAAUAACUUUCCUCGAAAAAAGGGGUGGAAAAUACAGCAGCCUUUCAGAUGUGCAGUGUGGCAGGAGAGAGAUGCCUGUCCCACACAGCUCUGCUGGUAAUGCAAACCCAAAUUGCCACCACCAAGGGUAAAACAAGCAUUUAUUUUUAUGGACAACCUAUGUAUCCACAGACAACGGGGGAAAUACCCUGAAGUUAAUGUGAGGUUGGAAUCUGACCUGGCCACGUGAACUGAACUUCCUUGUGGAAGAUUCUGUGUGAAUGUGUUUGUUCAACAGCCAACAAACGUCCCUGAGAUGGGAGGUGGCUGAACUGAGCUGAGCCCUCGCUGCUCUGGCUGCACAUUUCCAUCACACCCAGCACAGUUAUCCCUUUGGGCUGGACAGCUGAGGGCAGAGCAGAGCACCCACACCUUGCUGCUGCAUCAUCACCAUCAUCAUCAUCACCAUCCAACCUCGGCUCCAAGAGGAGUGUGCCUGUAAAGGGCAGUGCAGAGGUGUUGCUCUCCUUCGUGGUGAUGCUGAAAUACCUCACAUGAGGGACCCCACUGUGCAGUGUGAGGGGUCAAACCCUCAGCCUGCCUGGAAAUCUGGAUGUCUUUCUCUAAAUACUGUUUUGGAACGUGGUUGGAUAUUUAUUCACGUGGCAGAAGCAGGGCUGCCCUGCAAGUGUAUACUCAAAGUAUUUCAUUUGCCAAAUCCCAGCUGCACUAGUGGCAAUCUCCAGUAUUAUUUCUUUUGUUAGAGGAGUUUGUUUCCAUUGCAAUCUGAAUUUUCACUCCUCUUCUUUUUUCUCCCAGGAUGAAAUGUAGCUUUCCCCACUCAUUAUCUCAAACUCCUAGAUUCUGUAGUAAAGGUGCUUCACUCUGUGAUUAUUCUGUCCCUGUGGUUAAUUCCUCUUGGUGGUUAAGAUCCUUGAGGAACAGGUGAGCCACAGUCCAUAUCCUUUCCAUCUCUUUGUGAAUUCUGUGUGAGUGGUGCAGAUAUCUUAUAAUUAUUCAUAUAUUAGAGAGUCUGUGUAUAUAUUUUUUUGGUUGAGAUGAUGCAGAUGCAUUGACUGGUUGGAUCACCUUCAUAGAUGUCGUCUUAAGAACCUGUAAUAAAAAAUCCCAACCCUGACCCUGGUGUCAACAACUCUCAAGGUGCCUCUUUUAUAGGGCUUAAAUUGUGCCUGAAAGAGCUUGAUUCUUUUCCUUUUUUCUCUCUGGAAAGAUCAAGCUGCUUUAAACUGGGGCUUUAAAAACCAAAGGUACCUAUUCAAUAUUCCUUCUGCAAUUCUUUGUGGCAGUGAUGGAGUCAAGAUGGCAAAGAAAUACCAGAGCUGUGACACCCUGAGAAAUAUCAAGCUCAUAAAGGUGUUACUGAGCUCAAAGAUCCACUGCAGUCUGAAUUGCACUCUGCAAAUCACACAGUGCUGCAUUUUUCCCACCCUUCCUACACUGGUUUACAAAAUAUUCUGUUCCAUAUGCAUUGAGGGGUCAGGAGGGCAUCACUGCUGCUGUGGGCUACAGGUGAGUGGGGUUUUUUGAACACCAAACCAUUUGACUCAAUGCUGUGAAAAACAAGGUUAAUGGGAGAUUCUCAUGAGACAGACAUCAGGUUUAAAUAUUAAAAGAAAUGUAAAAACAAAAACAAAAAAC